GUGUGUUGCGCACUUAGUGAGUGUUAGAGAAAGACAGUAGAGAUAAAUUAGAGAGCAAACAGAGAGGGAAGGUUAGAUAAAUUAGAGUGAAGACACAGAGUGAGUGAGAGAGAGAGUGUGUGAGAGCCGAGAUGAACAGACAUGGACAGGUCCAAGAGUUGCAGAGGAGGCCGAAAGCUUGCGGCUUUGAUGAUCUAGCGAGGAGAAUUCUUUUUCAAGGUUUGGAUUAUUUGGACUGAUGGAUUUGGGUCUUGGGCUGGAGAAGGAAGCCUUAAAGGAUUUGGGAUGAUUUAAAGGCCCAUGGAUUUAUGCAUGAGUAUAUAUAUAUAUUAUGCAUAUUAAAUGGAUUAUAUAUAUAUAUAUAUAUAUAUAGAAAAUUAUAUACUUAUAGCAAGUAUAUAUGUAUAGGACUUAAUGCAUAUAUAUAAUAAAUAUAGUUAAAAAGGAUUUAUAAAUAUAUAUUACAUAAUAUAUAUAUUUAUAUUUAUAUGUUUUAUGUAUAUUAAUAUAGUUGGAGUCCUACAUGGAGGAGGAUUUGAAUUGGCAAUAUAUAUAAUUUAUUUUUAUUGUGUGAGGAAUAUAUAUAUAUAUAUAUAUAUAUUAUAUUUUAUUUAAGAUUAUUAUUAUUUUUAUUUUGGUAGUCAUACUAGGAAUAGGAUUAGGGUAUUAAUGUUUAUAAAUAUGCACAUAAGGUUAUAUUGUUAAAGGUUUUUAACGUUAGAAAAAAAAAGAAGAGAAGUAGAGAAAAAGAAGAAGGGAAGGCUGAUAAUGAGAAGGCCAGAUCAAAGAAAGAGGACGUCAUAUUUGGAAGAGACAACCAAGGUUGAAGCGUUGGUUUCGUUUCGAAACCUUCAGGCAAGUUCUUUUCCAACUCUCGUCUUAGAACCCAUAAGUUUAUCACCUUGGGUAUCAAAGUCUAUAGAUUAAAUUGGCAUGUUAAUCACCCAGACAUAGGAUAAAUGCAUGUGAAGAAAUUGAUUAGAAGAAAAGGAAGAAUCCUUCUUCAAUUAGGAAAUUUCUCCAAUUUCCGUUUUAGUAUUAUGUCUGUAUCUCUUUCCUCGAGUGCCAAAAUGGCUCAAAUCUUGCAUAGUUGAAUGGAAUUUUGUAUAUAUAUAUCUUAUCCCAUGAUUGUUUUAACCAAUUUAGAUAAUUUUGUAUUGGUUGGGUGUUGACAAAAUAAUUCUUAAUAUUUAUAUUUAACGUGUAACGUGUUAUUUGGAUAUUGCUAAAUUAUGUAACCUACGUGUUAUAUAUGCCUACGCGUUAUACUGCCACAUAUAAAUAUAACCUAAUCAACUAAUAAGUUGUUCAUUGAUAUUUAUCAUGUUUAUAUAUGUGAUGACGGUGUUGAUGAAAUCAUAAUAGGUUGUUUUUUUAAAUUAAUUAUAUGCUUAUAACUUGCAUGGAGUGCCUAUGUAUAAUUUAUUUCAUAGUUAAUUGUAAAGUUUGGUAUAUGGUUAAAUUGGAGGCAUGGAUGAGUUGCUAAAGGCAUAAAUAAAUUGUCUUAUUAAUUAUACGAAUAAAAUAUAUACAUGGCUAAUUAAUAGUAUGGAUAAAAACAUACUUUUGGAGGCAUGGAUGAGUUGCCAAAACAUAAACAGAUUGUCAUUUAAUAGACAUGGUUGAUUUGCCAAAGUAUAAAUGUAUUACUUGUAGAGGCAUGGUUGAGUUGCUAUCGUAUAAAUAAACAUACUUCUAGAGGCAUGGUUGAUUUGUCAAAACAUAAAUAUUUAUUUGUGGAGGCAUGGAUGAUUUGCCAAAUUACAAAUAAAUUGCUAGGUAAGUUGAUGAUUAAAUAUACAUCUAUGGAUAUUGUGUUUAUAAGUUGGAGGUGAUAAAUAUUCUUAUAUUAUAAUAAACUAAUGUUUAAAGAAUAAUAUAUUAUUUUAUAGUAUUGAUAAAAUAAUAUUAGUGAAGGCAUGGAUGAGUUGCCAAAAUAUAAAUCUUUGUUAGGUGAUAUUUAUCAAUAAAAUCAUACAUUGGUGGAUAUUGGGAUUUGGAUUGAAGGAAAAUAUUUCUUGAAUUAUUAUUUAUUAUUUAAAUGGUUAAAUCACUAUUUAAAUACGGAAUUUAGGUUUAAAGGAGUUUUCUCUUAAAAGUAUAAUGUACUUGAUGGUUAGUUUAAAUAUGGAGGUAGUCUUAUCAUUGUUUAUGGUCUUGGAUUUCAAGGAAUAUAUGAAUGAACACAUUCUUUAUAUAUUUAUAUAUAUAAUAUAUAUGUAUCAUCUUGUGUUAAAGGUUAAAACUUUAAUUAGGAUGAUUUUGGUUAGAGAUGUUUUAUUUAUUGGUUUUCAGAGGUUGGGUAGAAGGAACUUGCUCGUGGGUCUAACCCAUGAUUUAUUUUUCAAAUUAUUAGAAGUUUCAGUCUCGAGGUUGAGGAUCCGCAGUUGGGAGACUGUCAUUCAUCUGCUCAACUUGUUUACUUUUUAGUAUUGUUAUUUAUUGUUAGAUGUCUGGUGAAUUAAUAGUUUAUGGUUUAGGGGUUCUUGACUUAUAGGAUUCCCGAGUUGUAUUUUAGAAUUUUAAAUUCAUGGGAUUUAUUUUUGUAAAGGAGGUUUUAUUUUAUUAAUAGAAUUUCAUUUAGCGAUUUAUUCAUUCUUUUUAUUCUUCUUGUAUUCUGUGUUCGUUUAAAUACUAAAUUAUUUUGAUAUUCCUGUAUUUUUGGGUGUGGGCCUGGCCAACCUACACGUGAAAAUUCGGGGGUAUCAUAUUUGUGAAUUUUCCUUCUUGAAUUGUUGUCUAGCAUGUUAAUUGUGUUGAUUUUUCUUUUAAAAUGAUUAAAUUGUUGUAAACAAAGUAUGUGACCAUGUGUUUAGUUGAAAUUACAUGAAAUAACAUACUUGUAUAAAUUGAUUUCAUGUUCUAAAUGUUUACUAUGCUUGAUUAUUGAUGAAUGUAAGUAUGUUGUAUUUUUUUUUUGAAAAUUCUUGUAAAGCAUGCUAAGUGGUUUGGACUUGAAUUAAAUGUAUGAUUAUGAGAAUUGACAUGGCAUAAAAUGGUAUGAUGCAUUCAUGCAUAAGUAUUGGGAAGAAUUGGGAAAAUUAUUUAAAAAGGAAAGAAAAUGAUUUUGGGAAAACGAUUUGAUAAAAGGAUUUUGUGAAAACCCGGACGCCAAUGGGGUACCGAGGGUCUGUGGCGUUAAUGUGACCUAGAGGGAACUAGAGAAAACCCCUAGCGUGGUUGAGCUAUCCGGCCCCAAACGACGCCGCGGGGCUACCAAGGGUCAAGGAUAAUGGUCAAUCAUUCUCUCGUGUCGCCAAGGGGGUACCGAGGGACGGGUUACAUUAACAAUUUGAAAAGUGAUGAAUGGAAGUGAUUUUGAAAUGGGGUGCGACAUAGCACGGCAUUACAUUUCAUGGCACGACAUUAUUUGUUUUUAGGCUUGAAAUUGUAUUGUAUUCUUCCUCGGUAUAGCAUGAUCUUGUUUCCUUUUUUUUUUUCUAUUCAUUGCUUGGAUUCAUUGGGUCACAAGAGGUGUGUCUUAGGCACUACCUACUGAGCAAUUUGCUCAUCCCUCUAUUUUUUAACAUUUUUCGAGUCACAGAAAAGAAGUGGCGGAUGACGUUCCACCACAGGCUUAGUAUGGAUUAGAUGAUUAUUUUGUUAUUUUUGUAUCUAAGUUACACUAUUUUUGUAAAACUUAGCAUAUUGUAUUCUGUACUGAGACUUAUGGACUCUUGUUAUUGUAAUUAUAAUUAUGGGCUGUAACUUUAAUAUAAGUUGUCUAAACGUUGUAAGACAUGGACUUUUGAUCUUAGCCAAGUUUUUGGAACUGUAAUUAUGAUGUUUGAAUUAAAGGGUAUGUGGUUGUUGCAUCAUGAAAAGAACUAUGUUGAGGCAUAAUGAAUGGAUGAAAGGAAUGUUGAAAUGUAUUAUUUGCAUUGUGUGUUGGGACAUGUUAGAUAAGUUUUGAAGGUCUACGAGAGGUUAUUGCAUUUUUAUGCACUUUAGCAGGUUGUUGUAGGAUCCUUUUUAGUAGAGGUCUUGCCAAAUUUUUUUUUUUUUUUAGAGUUAUUACAAAUUUAGUAUCAGAGCAUUUUAUUAGAAUUUUGGGGUCAUGACAUUUAUGCACCAUAUAAGAAAGUGGGAUAUCCCACUUCCUUAUAUAUAUUUUGUAUACGUUGUCUAAUUAAAAAUAUUAGGUCAAAAAAUUCUCCAUAAUUACUCUGCUUUAAAAUCAUUUUCCCAUAUUAUUGUUAGUGUAGCAGCAAUCAACCACAAUAAUUUUCUGUGGGUCAACUGCUGGUAUUUUCUUACUCCAUAUUCCCAUUGAUUAGUUGUUGUCUAUACUUUUGAAUCUGCUUUUCUGUGGGUGCGCGUCCGCAUGCGCUUUCCCACUCAAGUUGUGGAAUGUUGGCAUUGACUCUGAACAUGAGGGGAAGUAAAUGUAUGGAUGAAACAUUUUUCUGCUAAGAAAUUAUCUUCUUCUUCUUCUUCUUCUUCUUUAUCAUACAUUUUUCUGCUAAGAAAUUAUCUUCUUCUUCUUUAUCAUCCAAUUAGAUGAGGGAAAGUGGCACCAUUACAUUUUUCUGCUAAGAAAAUUAUCUUCUUCUUUAUCAUCCAAGAUGAGGGACAGUGGCACCAUUACAAGACCAUACUUCUUCAUAUGUGUUCUGGUUCUGUUCGAGCUGUUACACAACUCCUGUUUCUCUAUCUCUAUUGGAGGUGAUGCUCUUUCAGUGGGCCAGUCUCUCUAUGUCUCAGAAAGGCAUACCCUGGUGUCUCAAGGUAGCACUUUUGAACUGGGAUUCUUCAACAAAGGUACUUCAGAGUAUUCACCUAAGAUCUAUCUUGGCAUAUGGUAUAAAAAUGUUACUUUCCAGACUAUCGUUUGGGUAGCUAACCGAGAACAAAUGUUGUCUGAACCAUCUUCUUCAAAGCUUGAGUUCUCUAGAGAUGGUAAUUUAGUCCUGAUAGAUAAUAUUGAUAGAAAUCCAAUUUGGUCAACAAAUUUUGUGUCCCCAACGCCAAAUUCCACUGAAGCAGUGCUUCUAGAUAAUGGGAAUUUUGUAGUUAGAGAUGUUAUAAAUCCUUCUACAAUAUAUUGGCAGAGUUUUGAUCACCCAACGGAUGCAUUUCUGCCUGGCGCAAAGCUUGGCAUCAAUAAACUUACCGGCAAAACUCGAGUCCUUACUUCAUGGAAAUAUUCAGAUGAUCCAGCUCCUGGUAGGUUUUCAUUCGGGAUAGAUCCAGUUGAAAGAAAUGAAUAUUUUAUAGAGUGGAACAACUCCAAAAGGUAUUGGAGUAGUGGAGUUUGGAAUGGAGAUACUUUUAGCUCCGUUCCUGAAUGGAAAUCAAUUAAAUUCUUGAAUUACAAUUUUGUAUCAAAUGAAAACGAAACCUAUCUUACAUUUUUUCCUUCCAAUAGUUCUGUACUAGUAAGAUUUGUCAUGGCCAUGUCAGGAAAUUUCAUGCUGCUAACAUGGUUGUCUGGCAUCAGUAGGAAUUCGGAUUUUACAUGGCUUGGACCCAUAGUGUCACGACAAUCUCAGGUUUAUGCUUUUUGCGGGGCCUUUGGCAUCUUCAGAGGUAAUCUCACGAGCUACGCCUGUGAAUGUUUGCAAGGAUUUGAGCCAAUUUCAACUGAAGGCACAAAGCUAGAUAAAUGGGUAGGUGGUUGUAUGAGAAAGACCCCAUUGCAAUGCCAGAAUGGUACUUAUACCAAUGGAAUGACUGAAAGAUUUUUGAAAAUUUCAGACAUGACAACGUUACCAGAAAAUUCAAAAGUAGUUCCUAAUCAAAGCCUUGAACGGUGUGAAUUAGCUUGCAUGCAAAAUUGUUCUUGCACAGCUUAUGCUUAUGUUAGUAAUGGGUGUUUGGUAUGGAAAGGGGAUUUACUGAAUCUACAACAACUCUCAAAUGGAAGCAACAGUACUAAACAAGAUCUCUAUCUGAAACUAGCUGCUUCUGAGCUUCCAAAAGCUGGAGGUGACACGAUGAACUUGAAGUUGAUCAUAAUAGUGCCGGUUUCACUAGUGGUUCUCAUUUCUGGUGGCUUCAUAUGCUGUUUAAUCAAGAGAAAGCUGAAGAAAAUAGGAGAGAAAGAUUCAAGGGAAGAAGAGAAAGAUUCAAGAGAGAGAGAUUCAAGCGAGGAUUUAUUAACAUAUGAUUUUAGUGCUCAUACAAAUGCAGCUGCUGAAACAAACGACGAAAAUAAGCUAGAGAGAAACAGAAAGAAGGAUGUCGAGUUGCCAUCCUUUAGCUUUUCAAGUGUCUCGGCUGCAACGGGUAACUUCUCGACUGCAAAUAAGCUUGGAGAGGGAGGGUUUGGACCAGUUUACAAGGGCAAAUUACUCGGGGGACAAGAAAUAGCAGUGAAAAGGCUUUCUGGAAGAUCUGGACAAGGGUUCAAGGAGUUCAGAAAUGAGGCAGUAUUGAUAGCCAAACUCCAGCAUCGGAAUCUUGUUAGACUUUUGGGCUGCUGCAUUGAGCAAGAUGAAAACAUAUUGGUCUAUGAAUAUAUGCCCAAUAAAAGUUUGGAUUUCUUCUUGUUUGAUCCUAACAGACAAGGGAUGUUGGAUUGGAGGACACGUGUUUGCGUCAUUGAAGGCAUUGCUCAAGGACUACUUUACCUACAUCAAUAUCCAAGACUUCGUAUAAUUCAUAGAGAUCUAAAGGCCAGUAACAUUCUACUAGAUAGCGAAAUGAAUCCCAAAAUAUCAGAUUUUGGCAUGGCAAGAAUAUUUGGUGGUAAUGAAUCCCAAGCAAACACAAAUUGAAUUGUUGGAACUUAUGGGUAUAUGUCUCCUGAAUAUGCAAUGGAAGGCCGCUUCUCCAUAAAAUCUGAUGUGUUUAGCUUUGGAGUGUUAUUACUUGAGAUUAUUAGUGGCAAGAAGAACUCUAGUUUUUAUGACAGUGACCCUCUUCACCUCCU